AUGGAGCCAGGGCUGUGUAGCAGGGCUUACCUGCUGGUUGGCGGGCUAUGGACGGCCAUCAGCAAGGCGCUUUUCGCUGAGUUCCUGGCCACAGGCCUGUAUGUUUUCUUUGGUGUGGGCUCCGUCCUGCCCUGGCCUGUGGCGCUUCCCUCUGUGCUGCAGAUCGCCAUCACCUUCAAUCUGGCCACAGCCACAGCUGUGCAGAUCUCCUGGAAGACCAGCGGGGCCCACGCCAACCCCGCUGUGACCCUGGCCUACCUCGUGGGAUCCCAUAUCUCUCUGCCUCGGGCUAUGGCCUACAUAGCUGCUCAGCUGGCUGGGGCCACGGCUGGGGCUGCUCUUCUCUAUGGGGUAACUCCAGGCGCUGUCCGAGAGACCCUUGGGGUCAACGUGGUCCACAACAGCACUUCCACUGGCCAGGCCGUGGCCGUGGAGCUGGUUCUCACGCUGCAGCUGGUGCUCUGCGUCUUCGCCUCCAUGGAUGGUCGGCAGACCUUGGCGUCCCCAGCUGCCAUGAUUGGGACCUCUGUGGCACUGGGCCACCUCAUUGGGAUCUAUUUCACUGGCUGUUCCAUGAACCCAGCUCGCUCCUUCGGCCCUGCCGUCAUUGUUGGGAAGUUCGCAGUCCAUUGGAUCUUCUGGGUAGGACCGCUCACGGGGGCUGUCCUGGCUUCGCUGAUCUACAACUUUAUCCUGUUCCCCGACACCAAGACUGUGGCCCAGCGGUUGGCCAUCCUUGUAGGUGCUACAAAGGUGGAGAAAGUGGUAGACCUGGAGCCUCAGAAGAAAGAAUCACAGACAACCUCUGAGGACACAGAAGUGAGCGUGUGA